GCGGCGGCUGGGGCUGGGGCUGGGCGCGUCGGCCCCGCAGCUGCGGCUCGUUGCGCUCUGCUCAGCCCCGCCCGGCCCGGCCCGGCCCUUAACAGCGGCGCCGUCCCGGGACCCCGUAUGUGAGCCCGGCGGGCAGCGCCGCACCGCCCCGCACCGCCCCCGCGCACCGCACCGGCACCGCACCAGCACCCCACCGGCACCCCGGCUCGGCCCAGCGGAGCUCCGGAGCAGCCGGCACCACCACCCCCCCCCCCCCCCCUCCCCCCGUUCCGGCACCCCACCAUGAGCAACCUCAACAAGGACACCGAACACACCAACGGCGGCGGCACCGUCGAGGAGGAGGUACGGACGCUGUUUGUCAGUGGCCUUCCAGUGGAUAUCAAACCCAGAGAGCUCUACCUUCUCUUCCGACCAUUCAAGGGUUAUGAAGGGUCACUGAUCAAGCUGACUUCAAAGCAGCCAGUGGGUUUUGUGACCUUUGACAGCCGGGCUGGCGCUGAAGCAGCGAAGAAUGCCUUGAAUGGCAUCCGCUUCGACCCUGAGAACCCCCAGACCUUGCGGUUAGAAUUCGCUAAAGCCAACACAAAGAUGGCCAAGAGCAAGCUGAUGGCCACACCGAACCCCACCAACAUCCACCCUGCCUUGGGCGCACAUUUCAUUGCACGGGACCCCUAUGACCUGACUGGAGCGGCUCUCAUCCCAGCAUCCCCAGAGGCGUGGGCUCCCUACCCACUGUACACCACGGAGCUGACCCCUGCCAUCCCCCAUGCCGCCUUCACAUACCCAGCCGCUGCUGCUGCAGCUGCUGCUCUUCAUGCUCAGGCUGAAAGACCUGGCAGAUCAUUCCCUCACCUUGCCAACAUGUCAGAGCCUUGGACUGUACCCAGGAUCGUCACAUCUGUAGCAGCUCCUGCAGGGCUCCAGGCUGAGCCCCUCUGAGUACAGGGAUGGGUUAGUGGUCUGUGGGGCCACAGUGGGUCAGGCUGGGUGGGUUUGGUAUGUGAGCAUUGUAGACCUGCAGGUGGAAGGCAGGGAGGGGUGGUUCAUUGCAGUCAUGGUUUAUUAGCACUAGAGCUACUAACAGUGCAUGUUUUCAGAGAAAACCAGGACUUCUGUUGAAAGUGGAGGUGCUGAGUCUCUGCAGGGUGGGCCAGAAGGUGGAUCUGAGGACAGGAUGGAGGGCCACCAGGCUGGUCUGUACUGGCUUGUGUAUGGCCUGGCUGUGCUGCUUGGCUGAGCCUGUGUGGGAUGGAGGUGGCUCUCAGGGUUAAGCAUUUACAGCCUUGUGAAUGAAGGGGGAGUUUCCUGUUACUGCUGGCGAGAAGGAAACUGCUUCCAGCUGUCAAGAGGAGGGGUAUGGAGUGGGAGACACUUGCCAGGGAGAGAACGGCUGCAGAGAUGUGGCUCUGCUGAGCAAGCACCUUCUGGUGACAGGGGUUGGGGGGGAGCAAGAAACCCCUAUCCUUGCUCUGGCAGCUGCUGUGAUGGCCCUGUAAGUUGCCAGUGAUGCUGCUGCCCACUCCAAGCCUUCCUGGGUGGUGCCUGUGCACGGUGUGGUGGCCCUGACUGGGCAGCAGGCUAAAGGAGAAGUGAAGACCUACUCUGUGUGGCACUUUGGUCCUGGCACUAGGUGUGACCCCUUACUGGGGAGGAGGGUCUUGGUAAUGUCCCUGCCCUUGAUUCCAACAUCUGGACUGACUGGGAUGCUGUGGCAUGAAGUGAAGUAUGGGGCCAGCUGGGAGCUGAUUCAGUGGCACCCACUUGCCUUGUGAAGGUGUCUGCAAAGAGUCCACCAGAUCAUGGAACUGUGGAACGGGUCAAGUUGGAAGGGGCCUUAAACCAGUCUCAUUCCACCCCCAUCCCAUGUGCAGAGACAUCUCCCACUAGACCAGGUUGUUCCAAGUCUUGUCCAAACUGGCCUUGUUCUGAGCUGAUGAGAGGGUCCUAUGAGGACAGAGCUUCUUCUGACUGGCAGGGCUCACUUAGAAGCCAUGUCCUGGAGGGGGACUCAAGGCCCACAGCUCAUGUGGCUGCAGAUCCUGGCAUUGCGGCCCUCAUGCCUGUGGGGGGAGAACUCGACCACUGCAGGCAGCAGUGCCGAGGUUGUGGCAGUUUGCUGCAUGUCUCUGCACAUCUUUGGGAGAGGAACAUCUAGCUAGGCUUGUUUGGGUGAGGGGGAUAGCUGUACCAGGAUGAAUGGGACAAGGGAAAUGGCCCACAUGGGGCUCCAAGGGAUUUUCUGUCACUUUUCUCCCCAUCUUAGAGCCAAGUCCAUCAUUGUGCUGGUUCCCAGAGCCCUGAAUGUGCUGAGGUUGUGCUCUCCUGGCAGCUGGGGAGGGAGGAGCAGGGGCUGGCUGCUGUAUUCCAGCAGCAGGACCAAGUUGCAGUCGCUGCUGCAGCUGCUGGAUCUGUGCUCAGUCAAGUGGCACAUGGGCUUGUCUCCUGCUGCUCUCGGGCACAGAACUGCUGAUGCAGCCCAGCUGGACUCUCUGGCCUUGCUGACCAAAUAGGAUCAUCUGGAUAUACGAGGCUGCGAGGGCUGGACAUUGCCAGCUCACUGUGUCUCCUAAGGGUCUGAAAAGUGUUCAGUUACUUGUCCCUUGUUUGCUUAUUAGGUGCCCAUCCGGCCCCUUCCUUGGCAAGGAGCAGGUCUGAGAUGUGGCAGCAAGCACCUGCCAGGAAAGCCUGCAAGUCUUGCUGGUUUGCAGCUUUGCCAAAUCUUUCCCAUGGAGUCGCUUUUGGUAGCAGGGUUGGGGCUUGGAAAAUGCCAUGGGCAUCUGCUGUAGUGGAUGAACCACAUCUUCCCUCUUACAUGUCCUGUAGAAAUUGUCUGGUUUUAAUGUGUGGUCUUGAGAUGCCUCCUUUGUCUGGCUGAGGGUGGAGCUAGUCAAGGUAGUGUUUGGAGCUCGCCCUGGAGCCCUCCUUUCCCAUGCUGGAGACAUCUUUUGCUCCGUCGACCUUGCACACGGCUUGAAGGAGUUGAAGGUUUGUACUCUGGCUGGGGUAAUCCUGGAUCAUGGACCUCUGCUGUGGCUUUCUUUUCCAGAUGCGCUGGUAUCCUCCCUCUGAAGCUACCCAGCAAGGAUGGAAGUCUCGUCAGUUUUGUUAGUUCCUUA